AUGCCCGUCAUCUCGCGCCUCUUCUCUAUUCCCCUCCGCAUUGCGGAAAUCGCCUUUGCUGCGGUUGUCGCCGGUAUCAUCGGCCACUAUCUCGCCUCCUUCAACCAGAUCGACCCCUGGCCGCAAGCUCGGUGGAUCUACACCGAGGUCAUCGCUGGCGUGUCGAUAUUGUUCGCUCUCAUUUGGCUGAUCCCCUUCUCGUCCGGCUUCUUCUCUUGGCCACUGGAUAUUCUCCUUUCCUUCGCUUGGUUCGCGGCCUUUGGUAUUCUUGUCAACGCGAUCGACCAAUUGCCCUGCGGCAGCAUCUGGUCUUGGGGCUUCCGAGGUAACUCGCUUUGUUCGCGCUGGAAGGCUGCGGAGGCUUUCAGCUUCUUGUCCGCUAUCGUUUGGCUUGUUUCGGCUCUUGUUGGUAUCUGGUUUACUUGCCGCAAGCGUGGAGAGGCUAAUGCGGGAUCUGGCCGCCGCUGGGGCCGCUCCCGUGCUGCUCCGUCUGCCGCUUAA